AAAAAUGAUCCAAACCCAAAGCCCUCCUACUACACAAAUAGAUCGUCCCGAAACCCUAGCCUCUGUUCGUUUCAAUCAGCCAGCAGUUCCUUGAACAAGAAACUAUGGCGGAAGUUGAAGUUGAUGUUGCGGCAGCCGGAGCACCGAAGAAGAGGACGUUUAAGAAGUUUUCGUUCAGAGGAGUGGAUUUGGAUGCGCUGCUUGAUAUGUCUACUGAUGAGCUUGUUAAGCUCUUCACUGCUCGUGCUCGCAGAAGGUUUCAGAGAGGUUUGAAGAGGAAACCUAUGGCUUUGAUCAAGAAGCUUCGCAAAGCUAAACGUGAGGCGCCAGCUGGUGAGAAGCCAGAGCUUGUGAAGACUCACUUGAGAAACAUGAUCAUCGUUCCAGAAAUGAUCGGGAGCGUUGUGGGUGUCUACAAUGGCAAGACUUUUAACCAGAUCGAAAUCAAGCCGGAGAUGAUCGGUCACUAUCUUGCGGAAUUUUCAAUUUCAUAUAAGCCUGUCAAGCACGGUAGACCUGGUAUUGGUGCCACCCACUCUUCCAGGUUUAUUCCAUUGAAGUGAGGCUAUGAUUUUUCUCUUUUAACUGUGUUCUGAAUGUUAAAUGUUUUUGUUCGCUGAAUUGGGUAGAUUGUUUUUAAAUCACAGAUGUAAGGCAUAUGUUUUGAGGUUCUUGCUUUUUUUUUUUUUUUAAAUUUCUUGUUAUACCUUC